ACAAAGACCUAGAUCAUGUUCACCUCAGUCACUGUGCUCAGAGAAUACAGAAUAUGAACCUUACCUUGAAGAAUUGCUAACUAUAGAAUAUCGACCAGAUUCCCCUGAUUCAGUUUUAUCAGAUACUGACAAAAGACCACUUUCUCCAGACUCCUUGCCUGAAUGGAGACCCAUGUCACCUGACUCUGCUAUGCUUUUGAAAGACAUUAGAGGGUAUUCUCCACAGUCAAAUGGGUCCAUGAAUGAAUGUAGACCCCUUUCUCCAGACUCGCCUAUAACACAAUAUUUUCCAGCAGUCUUUGAAUCAAUUUCUGUUAAAUCAUAUAGGUCCUCAUCCCCUGAAUCUGCAUUAUCAGAAGAGGAAUGGGAAUUAAAUGUUUUCACCCUAGAUUCUUCUCCAGAAACAACAGAAUCUAUAAAUGAUGAAAUGUUUGACUUUAGAUCUUUGUCCCCUGAUUCUCCAAUAAGUCAGUAUAAUCCCUUUACUUCUGAACCAACAAUGGCAUCAAGUUACGUAUCACUUUCCCCCGAAUCAAUGCUAUCAGACACAGAUAUACAGAACGAUUUAUUUGAUGGAAUAUUGACUGAUCUUAGAAGGUCCUCAUCAGAGUCAAUCACAUCAUUUAAUGAAAACAGACCUCUGUCCCCUGAUUCACCUAUUCCUGAGUUCACAAUAGCCACACACACAUUUAUCAUGCCAUUUACUGGCUCUCGACCAUCCACUCCAGAAUCAGUCACUUUGGAUGUUGAAAACGAAUUGUGUCAGUCCGACAUUUAUCCAGAGCAAAGAUCUGACUCUCCUCAGUCUAUAAUAUCAGAGAUUGAGAUUAGACCACUGUCCCCUGACUCACCUGUGCCUCAAUUCAUGACAUUGUUCCCUCAGAAUAUUUUGCCAGUAACAGGAGCUAGAUCAUGUUCACCUCAGUCACUGUGCUCAGAGAAUACAGAAUAUGAACCUUACCUUGAAGAAUUGCUAACUAUAGAAAAUCGACCAGAUUCUCCUGAUUCAAUUUUAUCAGAUACUGACAAAAGACCACUUUCUCCAGACUCCUUGUCUGAAUGGAGACCCAUGUCACCUGACUCUGCCAUGCUUUUGAAAGACAUUAGAGGGUCUUCUCCACAGUCAAAUGGGUCCAUGAAUGAAUGUAGACCUCUUUCUCCAGACUCGCCUAUAACACAGUAUGUUCCAGCAGUCUUUGAAUCAGUUUCUGUUAAAACAUAUAGGUCCUCAUCCCCUGAAUCUGCAUUAUCAGAAGAGGAAUGGGAAUUAAAUGUUUUCACCCUAGAUUCUUCUCCAGAAUCAACAGAAUCUAUAAAUGAUGAAAGGAUUGACUUUAGAUCUUUGCCCCCUGAUUCUCCAAUAAGUCAGUAUAAUGCCUUUCAUUUUGAACCAACAAUGGCAAUAAGUUAUGUAUCACUAUCCCCCGAAUCAAUUUUAUCAGACACGGAUGUACAGAACGAUUUAUUUGAUGACAUUGUUACUGAUCUUAGAAGGUCCUCAUCAGAGUCAAUCACAUCACUUAAUGAAAACAGACCUCUGUCCCCUGAUUCACCUAUUCCUGAGUUCACAAUAGACACACACACAUCUAUCAUGCCAUUCGCUGGCUCUCGACCAUCCACUCCAGAAUCAGUCACUUUUGAUGUUGAAAACGAAUUGUGUCAAUCCGACCUUUAUCCAGAGAAAAGAUCUGACUCUCCUCAGUCUAUAAUAUCAGAGAUUGAGAUUAGACCACUGUCCCCUGACUCACCUGUGCCUCAAUUCAUGGCAUUAUUCCCUCAGAGUACUUUGCCAGUAACAAGACCUAGAUCAUGUUCACCUCAGUCACUGUGCUCAGAGAAUACAGAAUAUGAACCUUACCUUGAAGAAUUGCUAACUAUAGAAAAUCGACCAGAUUCUCCUGAUUCAAUUUUAUCAGAUACUGACAAAAGACCACUUUCUCCAGACUCCUUGUCUGAAUGGAGACCCAUGUCACCUGACUCUGCCAUGCUUUUGAAAGACAUUAGAGGGUCUUCUCCACAGUCAAAUGGGUCCAUGAAUGAAUGUAGACCUCUUUCUCCAGACUCGCCUAUAACACAGUAUGUUCCAGCAGUCUUUGAAUCAGUUUCUGUUAAAACAUAUAGGUCCUCAUCCCCUGAAUCUGAAUUAUCAGAAGAGGAAUGGGAAUUAAAUGUUUUCACCCUAGAUUCUUCUCCAGAAACAACAGAAUCUAUAAAUGAUGAAAGGAUUGACUUUAGAUCGUUGUCCCCUGAUUCUCCAAUAAGUCAGUAUAAUGCCUUUCAUUUUGAACCAAUAAUGGCAACAAGUUACGUAUCACUAUCCCCUGAAUCAAUGCCAUCAGACACAGAUGUACAGAAUGAUUUAUUUGAUGACAUAGUGACUGAUCUUAGAAGGUCCUCAUCAGAGUCAAUCACAUCACUUAAUGAAAACAGACCUCUGUCCCCUGAUUCACCUAUUCCUGAGUUCACAAUAGACACACACACAUUUAUCAUGCCAUUCGCUGGCUCUCGACCAUCCACUCCAGAAUCAGUCAUUUUGGACAUUGAAAAUGAAUUAUGUCAGUAUGACCUUUAUCCAGAGCAAAGAUCUGACUCUCCUCAGUCUAUAAUAUCAGAGAUUGAGAUUAGACCACUGUCCCCUGACUCACCUGUGCCUCAAUUCAUGACAUUAUUCCCUCAGAGUACUUUGCCAGUAACAAGACCUAGAUCAUGUUCACCUCAGUCACUGUGCUCAGAGAAUACAGAAUGCGAACCUUACAUUAAAGAUGUGCUUACUCUAGAAUAUCGACCAGAUUCCCCUGAUUCUAUAUUAUCUGAUACUGACAAAAGACCACUUUCUCCAGACUCCUUGCAUGAAUGGAGACCCAUGUCACCUGACCCUGCCAUGCUUUUAAAAGACAGUAGAAGGUCUUCUUUACAGUCAAAUGGGUCCAUGAAUGAAUGUGGAGCACUAUCUCCAGACUCUCCUAUACCACAGUAUAUUCCAACAGUCUUUGAAUCGGUUUCUGUAACAGAUUAUAGGUCCUCAUCCCCUGAAUCUCCAUUAUCAGAAGAGGAAUGUGAAUUAAAUGUUUUCACCCUAGAUUCUUCUCCAGAAUCAACAGAAUCUAUAAAUAAUGAAAGACCUGACUUUAAAUCUUUAUCCCCUGAUUCUCCAAUAUCUCAAUAUUAUAACUUUCACUUUGAACCAACAAUGGUAACAGGUUACACAUCAAUAUCCCCUGAAUCAGUGCUAUCAGGAAUUUAUAUGCAGACUGAUGUAUUUGAUGACUUGGUGAUUGAUCUUAGAAGAUCAUCUUUGGAGUCAGUUGCAUCAACUGAUGAAAACAGAGCAGUCUCCCCUGAUUCACCUUUUCCUGACUUCACACUAUCCACACAAUCAUUUAUCAUUCCAGAGACAGGCUCCUGUCCAACUUCCCCGGAAUUGGACUGUGUGGAGGAUGAAAAUACGCUUUAUGAAACUGACUUUAUUUCAGAACAAAGACCUGACUCUCCCCAGUCUAUAAUAUCAGAAACUGGGGGUAUACCACUGUCCUCUGACUCACCUGUACCUCAAUUCAGUGUAUUAUUCUCUGAGAUUACUUUGCCAGUAUUAGGACGUGGAUCAUGUUCACCUCAAUCACUGUGUUCAGGGACAACAGAAAAUGAACCUUCUUUUGAGGACCUGUUUAUCAGAGGCUCUUCUCCACAGUCAAUUGUGUCCAUGAAUGAAUGUAAAUGUCCUGACUCACCUAUACCACAUUACUCAGAAUUAUUUAUUGAACCAAGGCCAAUAAAAGGUCAUGGGUCAUCCUCGCCUGAGUCUAUGACAUCAGAUGUUGGUUACGAGUUAUAUGAGUUAGAGAACAGUGCAUCAACAUGUGAGUAUAGGCUUCCUUCAGUGGAUUUAGUAUCAGAGAAUGAACUCACCUCAGGUGAGAUUAAAUCUCAUUUGUCUUAUUUUAGGGCAUCCUCAACAGACUCUGACACCUUAGUUAAUGACUUUAAAUUGCUCUCACCUGACUCACCUGUGCCACAGUAUUUCCCAGCACUCUUUGAAUCAGUUCCAGAUUAUAGGUCUUUAUCAGAUUAUAUGUCCUCAUCCCCUAAAUCUGGAUUGUCAGAGGAGGAACUUAACGUUUUAACAUCAGAAGAUUCACCAGAAUCUAUAAAUGAAGGAAGAUCUCUCUCCCCUGAUUCACCUAUACCCAUGCUAGAUUCUCCAGUAUUUCAGUAUUAUGCUUCACACUUUGAACCAACAAUGGUAACAGGAUACAGGUCAACAUCUAAUCAGACGAUAUUAUCAGAAAUAGAAAUGCAGACAGAUGUAUUUGAUGACUCGCUGAUGGAUCUUAGAACAUCCUCACCAGAAUCAAUGAUAUUGGUAACAGAAAACAGACCACUGUCCCCUGAUUCACCUAUUCCUGAGUUCACACCAUCCACAUCCACAUUUUUCAUACCAGAAUCAGAUUCUAUAUCAAUGUCCUCAGUCUCUUUGAGUGAUGAAAAUGAAUUAUAUUCAUCAGACCUUAGUAUAGGGCAAAGGCCUAACUCUCCUGAAUCAGUAAUAUCAGAAAUUGAGCCUAGACCCGUUUCCCCUGACUCACUAAGUGAUUACAGACAAAUGUCACCUCAUACAUCUCCAGAAUUCUUUAUAUCAUUGGAAAAGUACAGAGCAUUACCUCCAGACUUUGUUCCACAGUUUUCUUGUAUACAUAAAAUAUCAGAAAUAAAUGUACAACAAUCAGAGUCAUCUGAGUCACCUACCUCAGAGUCAGAUAUUGAACUUUGGGCAAUUGCAUCUCAAGCUACUGAACAUAGACCCUCCUCCCCUGAAUCAAACAUAUCCUUGAAUGAAAAAAGACCAUUAUCACCAGACUCACCUAUUUAUGACUUUAAGUCAUCAGUUUACGUAAAUGUUGCUCCAAAAACCACAUACAGAUCAUCCUCCCUAGAAUCAAUUGUAUCUGAUGUAGAAUUUGACAUGACGAGCUUUGCAUCUGAGGAUGUUACAUGGACUGAAAAUAGACCCUUAUCUCCUGCAUCAGGUGAAAUAUCUCCUGUGGAUCAAUGUAAUUUAGAAAUAGAAAAUGAUCACACUGAUGAUCAAAGCCAAAAAUUACCUGGCCAAGAGCUAUCCAACAUUGUGACAAAUCUGCCAUUAAACAAGACUUUCAGAAUGGAGCCUCAAUAUAAACUUGUGUACAAAGCUGUUCCCUUAGCAUUAAUCUCCCAUUUGUAUGAUCCUCAAUAUAGAGGCGAAACUUUCUGUCCAAAGUCAGGUGUGUUUGAGUAUGCUGGAUGUAAAAAGAAGGCAAAUAAUGAAUGCACUGAGCAACACAAUUAUGACAUUUCCAACAAAGCUGUAUCUUAUAGUGAAACAUCCUCACCUUUUGAUGCCAGUUCUCUGCAAACACAUGUACAAACAGGAUCGUUUGAUUUAUUUGUAAAAAAUCAAGCAUUUUCCACUGAUUCUUUGUUUUAUUUUACAAGUUUAAAUGCAUGUCUAAUGGACUCUUCCGAUAGGAGAGCCUCUUCACCAGAAUCAUAUACAUCUAUAAAUGAGUACAGGAGACUCUCUCCUGAAUCUCCAAUUCCUGAGCACAGACCUUCAUUACCAUGGGCAGAGUUUUUGUUCGAAAGUCGACCCUCAUCCCCAGAGACGAUUUUCUCUGUAAAUGAAUUUCAAAGUCUUUCACCUGAUUCACCAAUACCUGAAUAUUCAACACCAUCACCAGUUCCAAAUGAACAUACAUAUGAAUCUAGCGAGGUACUUAUGCAACACAAAUCCAUUUUAAGUCCACUGUCCCCUUCAGUGAGUAAUGAUCAAAGUUCUUAUAUGGACUCAGUGUAUCCUGAAUCGUACUCAUUAUGGUACCCACUGCCACAAUGGAUCAUGUCUGAAAACAGACCUUUAUCAUCUAUCUCAGAUUUUUCAGACACUGAUUCUAGAUCUUCAUCACCUCAAAUGUUCUGUCUUGAAACAGAUGUGCGAAACCCAUCACCCGAAGCAGUAACAUUAGACACAGAACUAACAGAAACUAUUACUCCAGAACCUUUAGUUUGUGAGACAUUUUAUCAACCUGAAUCAACUGAAUCUGAAGAUGAGAUUUAUGAGAAUUUAAAUGAUUUGUCAUUUUCUGACAUUUAUGAGAUUAAGGAAGAUUUACCUGUCCUCAAAAAUGAUCCUGCUUUGCUGAAUCUAGUGACAUUUGAACAGAGCAUGGAACAAAUCGAGUCUCCAAGUGAAAUAGAGGAGCUUCCGUCUGUUUCUGAAAUUAGGAUUGAGCAUUCAUUUGAUGAUGAACUACAACCAAAUGCAUCUCAUGAUAUAGCAUCCAAGCAAACACAAAAGGACACACAAAGUGUAACAAAGACAAUUACUUACUGUGAAGAACAGGACAAAAUCACAGCAACAAGUGAAUCUGCAAAUGAAGGAACUAGCAAAGGCCUCAAAAUUCAUAGAAUAGAUGAAAAGGGAACCAUGGAAAGUCCACAGCAACAAAAAGAAGAUCUAGGACAUGAUUUAAGAAAACUAGCCCCCAAAGAUGACAAAAAAAGGGACAGUGUCUCAGAGGAAAUUAAUUUAGUGCCUCAAGUGAAAGAUUCAAGUCUGAGAAAAGGAGAUACACCAUCAGUUUCAAAAAGUUUAAAUUUAAUAGCAUCCUUGAAGACCAAUGAAUCAUCAAAAGAGCCAUAUUUAGCCACAUGUGUCUCCAACAUACCUGAGCACAACAGAUCUCAGCCUGUCUUUGAUUUGGAGGCCCACAAAUCCACUCCUGAUUCAUCACCUGAAGAAACUAAAGCAUUAAGUGGAUUGCAAGAAGUAAAUUCUUUUCAGUUUCAUCUUAAAGACUCUCACAGAAGAGUUGAACUAAAUCGAACUGAUUCUUCUGCAUUUAGUUUGGGUCUUGAUUAUAAAAAUUUACCCUCAAGAUCUAUGCAAACACCAUCAACAGGCACUUCCAUUUCACCUAUAUUAAACACAUCCACUUCCCACGAAUUUCUAGGCAAGAGAAUAUCUUGUGCUGCAGGGAUUGUCCAGCUUUCAUCAGAUUUUAAAUGUGUCGUUUCUAAAUUUGAACAGGCAUCACCAUCUUUAGGUGGUGAUAAGCCUGAAUUAAGUUUAGUUUUUCCUGGAACUUAUCCACUUGUAGCUGCGAUGCCACCUUGUACUCUGGAAGUGACUCAGGAGCUGACAGGUGACCAAAUGCAGUUAGAUGCCACUGCAGUUUUAGAUGCUGACUCUCCACUUUACAGUCUCAAUCUUAAAGCCAGGCCCAAACCUGUUCAUGCAGAUAGCAUUGAGUCAGAUGGUGAAUUUUUUGAUUGCCGGCAAACGUUUUCUGAUACAUCUGAGCCAGAGGUCGGAUCUUCAGAAGUUUUAGAUGUUCCUCAAACAAUUUACCAUGUUGAGGAACUUCCAUCUUUAUCGGGCAGCCCUGAAUAUCUGACAGGCAUCUCUAAACUUAAAGAGCACACACAGUUGAAAAAGGAUGAGCGGCCCUUAUCCUGGGCCAGUGAGGACCUACCCAUAGUUUUUGAGCCAGAGGAUGAAUACACUGGUGAGGUUGGUGAGGAGAAGGAUUUCCCUUAUGAUUAUACAGGUGAUCAUUCAUUUGCUGAAGAGCUACCUACAAUAGAGGGAGCAGAAUAUGAUGACGAUGAUGACUCUCUAGGCAGGGAAAUAGCUGAAGAACUAGGUUUGCUGUCUGAUAGUUCAGAGGAGGAGGUGUUGACCACCAGGGUGGUGCGGCGCAGAGUUGUAAUUCAGGGUGACGAGAUGCCUGAAAUCCCUCCUCAGACUGUGACAGAAGAGAAAUACACUGACGAGUAUGGGAACAUGGUGGUCAAAAAGAUAACAAGGAAAGUCAUCCGUAAGUAUGUGUCAGCAGAUGGAGUGGAGAGAGAGGAAGUGAUGCUGGAGGGUCAGCAGCAGGAAGCUGUCACUGUGGAUGAGGCUGACGGUUUCUCUAAAGUUGUGAAGAGGACAGUGGUGCAGAGCGGUGGAGAGCAGACCGAGGUAACGUUCUCUGAACCUUUAUCUUACAUUGGGGCGACAUCUUCUGAGUUCGAGGAAGAGCCUGUCCAAGGUCGGAAGGUCAGCAAAGUCAUCAAAACUAUGGUUGUGCAAGGUGAACGAAUGGAAAAACUAAUUGGAGACCCUUCACUCUCAUCGGAUCUCCCAUCAGCCAAAGACGACUUUGAAAAGGCUUUGAGCUAUGUAGGAAGCUUUGGAAAAGUGCAUCUGCCUCAUUUAGUUGAGAGAGAGAUGGUCAAAGAGGAUGGAUCAGUGGUCAGAAGGACCCGGAUGCAUAAGACGCGAACUCAGAAAAGCACAGUAGUGAAGGAUGGCCAAGCCAAACAAACCCACCUGGAACGACUGGAGGACACCCCGGAUUCCCUGCGACCUGAUGACCUACAGCAGCACCUGCAUCAGCUGCUUCAACGCUACUGUACCCCAGAGGUGACCGAAGAGCCUGAUGUAGGACAAGAUUCAGACGCAGGAGAGCAGGACAAACAAUAAAGCAUCAACUCCUGCUGUAUGUGUGUUUGGUUGUGGCAGGCAUUUAAUACAAAUUUCUGCAUAUUUAUAUCUGUAGCCCUUUCUAAUAAGUCAAAAUAAUUCUUCACUUGCUUACCAGAUCCCCUAUUUAUUGCUUGAUCUUUUCAUUCAUAGCAAAUAAUGGAAACAUUUUAACUGCAUUAUGGCUGAAUGUUUUUUGUUUUGUUUUAGGAGAGCAGUUCCUGACUGAUUUUCUUUUCUUUUCUUUUCUUUUUUUUUGUGACCAAAGAUAGUGUAACCUGAAUUGCUGAGUGAUUUGUAUGAACAUAGAUGUUUUGUGUGUGUGUGUGUGUUUGUGUAUGUGUGGGUGUGUGCGUGUCAUUUUGGUUGCUGUGGUACUAUAGAAGCAGAACUAAACAUAGUAACAAAUGCUGAGCUCAUUGUCUGGCCACUAAAGGUGUGAAGACAUUUGUAAAUAAUUGACUUUGAAAAUGUUUUAAAACACUGUCAUAUAUACUCUUUUGUCUCCUGUAACUGCUGUACAACUGCAUCAAUGGACUGCUGUAAUUAAAAACAUGUCAGAUUACUUGCUAAAAAUCUCACAACAGACCUGAUAAAAUAUCAUCUAAGUAUCUUUGGGGCAUGUGAGUUUGUAACCACAGUUAAUCAAGUGCAAGCAAUCAGCUAUCUGAUAUAACUGGCUAUGUAUUUAUACUGGCUAUGAUUGAAAUUUAAAAGCACCAAAUAAAUAUCAUGCUGUAGUCUUUCUUAAUCCCAGAAUGCUUCUGAAUGGUUUUUACACAGAUUACGUGAGAUUUUUUCAGUUUUAAGUGAAAGAAUGCUGUCAUUAUCUACACAUUAUCCAGCUAUUUUGUGUCACUGACCUAUUUGUUUUCACUGUCUAACCUAUGUACAGAAUAUGUGUGUGUUCUCAGAUCUCCUCUGUGACAACGCAACUAUGUUUGUUUUUUGAAAACAUUUUUUUUUUUUUAAUGAAUGAAUGUUAAAUUAAUCCCGUUUUCUGUUUUGUGCAGUCCCAUAUUUAUAUUGUUUUUAUGACUGAAUUCAAUAAUAAUUUGAGUUCCCCUCCAAAACUGUGCUUGUGGGCUUGACUUGUAUCUUCCCUAUAUGUGAUGCUCCUCUAGGUGCUUACAGUAGAACUCAGAACAUGGAGGAAAAGUGAUUAAAAAUUUGCCUGUUUUUUUUUUUUUUUUUCUGCUGUUGCAAUGAUGUAAAAUAAUAACAAUAAUAAUAAAAAACUGAAACGUUAA